AGCUAUGCUGCACAGUGAAAGCGUCAGUCGCAGGUUCACCGACUGAUGAUGGACACAGUGAAUUGGAUUUUAAAUGUUUAUUAUUAUAGAGAUAUUUGUAAAAAUAGGCCAACUAUCGAUGCUGGUCAUACACUAAGAAUAUUAACCCCCGAGUGGGUUUUGAAUAGUAUUAGCUUGUGUGAUUGUAUAGCAAGCUAUCAACAGGAUACAUAAUCUAGCUAGCCAUGGUUCUAAUGAUGGAAUCGCAAUGUGAGUAUUUUAUGUAUUUCCCUGCGGUUCCCAUCACGGACCUGUCCGACCCGUCAAAAUACCGAACUCUCCCCCGGCGCAGUCACCUCUACCUCGGCGAAACGGUACAGUUCUUGCUGGUCCUGCGGUCCAGAGAUGGAGCGUCGGGCUCGAGCGGGACAAAGGGAAGCGGGUCAGGUGACAGCGGUACCCGGGCUUGGAAGGAGCUGGUAGGGUCCCUCUCCGCUGUAGCAAGUGUCUGCCCCGGAGAGAGCCGACAUCGCUCCCAACUUCACCCCCACGAGUUCCAGAGAAGCUACAGCGACGACUGUGUAGACGAGGAUCCCGACGACGUUGACUUUGUUGCGGGAACAGUCCACACAGCGAGAAGGGAGUCAAGGAACCGAGGUUUCAGAGAAUGCAAGCCGCUUCUCAUACACAAUAAUACGGGGCGUGAUGGACGGCAGUAUCGGCGCGCACCGGUUCAGUCACCCAUGGACGAGCCAGUGGUAUUGAACGAGGAGGUCAUAUUCCCUCUGACCGUCUCAUUGGACAAACUCCCCGUCAACACACUCAAGGUCAAGGUCAUAGUGACCGUGUGGAAGCAGGAGGAGGAAAAGGCAGAGAUCAGGGAACAUGGUUACCUCACGAUCCUACAGCUGAGGAGCCCCACACACACCUUCAGACAAGACCUUAAUACCUUCAAAGCCCAGGUCAGCACCACGUUGAGUGUUCUUCCUCCACCAACUGUGAAAUGUCAACAGACGACUGUCUCCGGGAAGCACCUGACCAUCCUCAAAGUAUUAAACUCCAGUUCUCAGGAGGAGGUCUGUGUGAGGGAUGUGAGAAUCAUUCCUAACUUCAACGCGUCCUACCUCCCCAUGAUGCCUGAUGGCUCUGUGCUUCUGGUGGACAAUGUCUGCCACCAAUCAGCAGAGGUUGGAAUGGCGUCGUUCCACAGGAUGAACAGUAGCUCCUCUCACCUUCCCAGCAUGCUCUCUGCCCUGGAGGAGCAGAACUUCCUGUUUCAGCUGCAGCUCAGGGACCAGCCGGAGGAAGAGAGCAACGAGGGUCUGGAGGUUCCUUUGGUAGCAGUGCUGCAGUGGUCCACUCCUAAACUUCCCUUUACCAGGUACAUCUCCACCCACUACCAGCUGCCCAGCGUGAGACUGGACCAACCCCGGCUGGUUAUGACAGCUUCCUGUCCCAGUGCUGUGCAGCCUCAGGAGCACUUCCGGGUCAAAUACACCCUACUAAACAACCUGCAAGACUUCCUGGCUGUAAGACUGGUCUGGACGCCCGAAGGUCGUGGUCGUCAGGAGGACCCCUCUGUCAGUUCUGUGGUAUGUCAUUCCCCCCUUAACAACCUGGGCCAGUGUCGGAAAGGAUCAACCCUCUCCUUUACUGUCGGCUUCCAGAUACUCAAGGCAGGACUCUUCGAGUUAAGCCAGCACAUGAAGCUGAAGCUUCAGUUCACAGCGUCCUGUUCCAACCCCCCUGCUGAGGCCAGGCCCAUGUCUCUGUCCCUGUCCAGGAAGAACUCUCCCUCCAGCCCUGCAGUCAGAGACCUGCUGGACAGACAGAGUCUGGGAAGAUCACAGUCCUUCUCUCACCAACAGCCAUCACGGUCGCAUCUUAUGAGGACGGGCAGUGUGAUGGAGCGCAGGGCCAUCACUCCUCCAGUGGGAUCCCCAGUGGGUCGACCCCUCUACCUCCCCCCCGAUCAGCCGGUCCUCUCACUGGACAAGAUCGCCAAGAGAGAGUGUAAGGUACUGGUGCUGGAACCUGGAAGAGACUGAGAGACAAGGCGAGAGACUGGGAGAGGUGGAGGAAGAGAGGGGAGUGCUUGAGCCAGGUAGAAACAAUGAGACCGUGAAGAUGGGGAGGGAGUGAAGGAAGGGAGGAAGAAGGGAGACAUAGAUAGAAAAAGGGAGAGAGAGAGAGAGACAUCUCUCAUGCUGAACAUUUCCUACAUCCUACAAGGCAGGCAUGAACAAUGAUUUACCAGACAGACAGAUAGAGAAUCUGUCAGACACUGAAUGAUUGACUGUACGUGAGCCACGUCAUUUGAAGACACUGGAGAUGUUACUUUCAACAACACCAUUUCACAUUUUUAUCUCAACAACAUUUGAAGUUUUUAUGUCACUGUAAUGUCAACAUUCCAUUUCAUUCCUUGUUUUAUUCCUUGUGUAAUGCUGUAAUUUAAUGUGUAAAUAAUUGUUAAGGUUUUGAACAGGGUGAAGACAGAACCAGACUAUUUGUAGAAACAUUUUGGGAACUUUUUCACUGAAGAUUACUGUGUUUACCGUACAGGGUUAUGUUAAUAGCCAAUACCUUGUUAAUACAUAUUGUUAUACACUGGUAUACAUUUAACACAGUAUAUGUAAUGUAAUACUUGGAUGUUAAUUUUGUUAGUGAAAAACUGGAUUAUGUUAGUGAAAAACUGUAUUUUGUUAGUGAAAAACUGGAUUAUGUUAGUGAAAAACUGGAUUUUGUUAGUGAAAAACUGGAUAUUAUUAUUGAAAAACUGGAUUUUGUUACUGAAAAAAAUGAUUUUCUUAGUUUACACACUGAUAGAUAAACUUAUCUCAUGUGAUGGAUGUCAAACUUGUGAUUAAAAAAAAGCAGCAGGAGACCAGUGGAAUAACUCUAGCCUGGUCUCAGAUCUGUUUGCUCCUAUGGUCAAUGUCACGAUAGGAAUUGGCAAGACAGCACAGACAGAUCUGGGACCAGGCUAGAUCUGUUUCACCCGUGGAUAGUGUCAUCGGGUUCACUCUUAUUAGAAUGGGUUGUAUUUUAGUGGCUUGGAGCCACACAGUCUCUACACUGUAUUUAGUAGUUAAUAAGUAUUCUACCAGAGAUGUUUUUAGCAGCAUUUUCUGCUGCUUAAUAGUCUUAAAAUUGCUUAUACACACUCCUUAGUACACUCCAGAGUACACAUAUUGUACAUAGAAGGGCAUACUCCGUAACACACACUUCAUAGUCCACACUCCAUGAUAGGGAACAAUCCUUUCACAUCAUUUGCCUUUCCCUUGUUAUACUGCUGUUCGCUCUACUCCCUAUAAAGUGCACUACUUAGGGACCCUGGUCAAAAGUAGUGGACUAAAUAGGGAAUAGGGUGCCAUUUGGGAUACGGCCUUACACUGUUGUUCACCACUGUUAAAACUUUGAUUACACUGGUUGAGCCUGUUGAUUGUUAUGCCAUUCAUUCACACCUUACCUUAUUAUUAGGGAUUUAGUCCUGGGUAACAAUCCAGAAUAGUGGAUUAUUUAGAAGUCGUAACGUCCGUCACUGUAGCUACGUUUUCAACUGUUUACAUUUGUGUUGAGAACAUUGAACAAUGGUGUGUGUGUGUGCAAGUGUGUGUGCAUACAUAAGUGUGUGUGUGUGUGUGUAUGUGUGUGUAUGUUUGUGACCCUGAAGCAUUUGUUGUAACUUUUUUGUAUGUUUGUCUCAAACAUUAUUUUAUUUCCUGGUUCAAUUGCCAAUGGGAAUGACCAAUGGGUCUUUAUCCCUGAUGUAAAUUACAAUGUGAGGUUGGGGACAUUUCAAACGAUCAGAUAAUUAUUUAUUUUUUUACCGUGUGUCAAAAGCCCGGUUUAUACCUGGCUCUAACAUGCAUCCUUUGUCCUGAUCUUUUCCACAUGUUGAUUGUGCCCACAUUUUUAGACAGGUGUUGACAAUCAAAAGACACAUUGUGAUCUGAUUGUAAUCAGAUCAUCCUGCCCACCUCCGGAGAUAGUCAGGCACGCAUUGUGUCUUUAUAUCUUACAAGUGUAGACAGAUCUGGACAGAGAAACCAUUUUAGAACAUUAUUCCACCCGUUAAAAUCAUUGACAGCUGGCACCAUUGACUGAUUACAUCAACAUGUGUCUUACAAUAAAUAAAUACAUCUUAUUUUGAAAGAGUAGUGAAAUAAUUUGCAUAAAGGAAGGGAUCAGGAAAUCUGGUCACAAUGCAAACACAUUGGAUGGAUAACAGACACAUGUUAAUACCAUGUGUAGACACAUUUCUGGAAAUGUGUGCACAUAUAGAAUGUAGACAAGAUCAGGACAAAGGACCCAUGUUAACACCAGGUAUAAACGGGGCUUAUUAUGCCUUGUUUUCCCUGGACACAAAGUACUUGCUUGUGUAUUCUUUAUUUAAUUUAGACGUUUUUAUCUCUAUAUCUUUACAUGAAGUCAAGAAAUAGAUGUACCCAAGACUGUGUGUGCAGAGGAUGUGUGUGAUUUAGUUUCUGAUGUUUCAUGUUGUUUAGAUGUUUGAUUUCCUUCAGCCUGGAAUUUAACUGAAAAACAAAACCAUUCCAACUCAAUUUUCAUUGUUCCCGAACACUUGAUGAACAAAAGUUUGGUCACAAACAUUUCCAUUCCUUUCCUCUGUGAUUUUAAAACAAUGUAUUAUAUUACUACUUGGACCAAAGUAGCUCACAAUAUGAUUGUUUAUGUAUAUUAGUGACUUAUUUUUAACAGUCAUUGUUGUUAAGCACUUGAAUUGAUUAUAAUUGUAUUGUCCUUGGUUCUUUGGACACACAAACAACAAAUGCAGUUGAUUGUGUCACAGAUGUUCUGUGGCACGUUGUUUGCUAGCAGUCUCACUGGCCUUAUUUUAGAUGCCUCGAAUACAAACGUCUGUCAGGGAAAAGUGUUGGGGAUUUUUUUUUUUGAGUCACUCCUCGUUUGAUGCACUCUUGAAAUGUGAAUAAAUACAGUUGGAGCGAUUGGGAA